AUGCACGAGGCAGCAUCUUUCGAGGAAGGCAAGUAUAACGAUGUCGUGAGGAUUUAUCUGUUGGCCCAAAAAGGUCUCAGCAAGUAUUCCGAUAUCAAGAAUAUUACCGAGAUUCAGAAAAAGGUGGAUCAGAUCAUCGUUGAAACGGAAAAACAGCUGAUAAAACUAAUAAGCCGAUCUACCGAAGAUGUGGAAGGUGUCGUUGAGGCGACAGGAUUGCUCAUGCAGUUGGGAAAGACAUCAGAAGAGCUCCAAGAGUUGUUGUUGAAGUCUUCCGAAACUUCGCUGCAAAACGAUUUAGAGCAGCUUCAAAGCAAUCCUGUGGAUGUUCUGGAUCUUGUUGACAAAGGAUGCGAGUCGUUCAUACCAAAUCUCACACUUCUGGCAAACCUCCAUGAACGUCUGUUCCCGAACGAAUCUGACCUUCUACUCAAAAUGCUGCAGACCCAGCUCGCUGAGUUCCAUGAGGUUGUUUCAAAUUUGUUUCUUGCGUCGUCCGAUCCAAAGGACUGCUCUAUUGUUGUUCGUGCUCUUGAUCGUUAUUAUAGGAAAAUGUCCACCUGUAAGCAAGUUGUUCAAGGUCUGGACUGCUCUACUUGCACUAUAUCGUUGAUUCGUGAUGUGUCCAAACAUGAAGUUGUUAUUUCUCGAAAGUACAUUGCCGAAGAGAUGAAAGUCGUUCUUCAUGAGAUUCGACAGUCUCUAAUGGCCAAAGAUGUCGAUCUUCCCGCAUUGGCAGCGAAACUUGAACAAGCAUUCGUUUUUCAAGUGAAGACUGCAUUGGCGAAUCUGCUGUUGUUUAUCGCUAGUGACGUCACGUUUUCUGCGUUACCUCCUUCGGAGUUCCAAGCUGAAUUUGCUCGAAGUGUCCAUGAAGAGAUAGUGAUCGGAGCUUUCAAAGAUGUCACUGCUAUCGCUGAAACAUAUGGCUCGUCAGUGGGAGAGACUCGCUAUGCAAACCCCUUGAUGAUGUUAUUGAUCGCGUUCACUCUGCACCAUUUGGCGAAUAAGUCAUCACAAUACCUUCUGAGUCUUUGUAGAGAGCAGUUCUCUUUAACGACCUCAAAAACAACAUCGGGAUUAACUGGUUUGUCUUCCAUUUUGUUUUUACAAGUAGUGCUUUCCUAG